AUAGAUAAGAAAAAGAAACAGUGCAAAAAUUGCAGGAAAAAAAACAUUAUAUACAGAUGAUUUUUUCUUCUUAUAAAUAUGUAGAAGAUUAUAUACAAGAGGAGAUCAUGAACAGUCUGGCUGUUAAACAGGAAGAAUCAGACCUCAGGAAGGUUUCAUGUCUACAGCUACAAGCUCCACCUUCAGACAGAAACACAGAAACUAUUUCUCUGAACAGCCACAUGUCACAGUUUCAGCGGAAUCAUCAGUAAACGACUUUUCGUUAGUGUUUACUGGUUAAACUGUGGCUGUUGUUGGAUAUUUGUACCAGUCUAAGUGUUGGAUUAAAAGAAGAACACGGUAAAAUGGCUGCUGUAAUCUUUGCGUUAUUCUGCCGUUUGGUCUGUUUCCUGGUCUGUACCUGUACAGUUCCCGGUCUAAGGGUUGAUCAGAGGAAGAGGAAGAAGCAGACGGUAAAAUGAAGGCUGGAACAUGUAUGUCGUUCUGUCUGACCGUCUACCUCCUGGUCUACACCUGUACAGCUCUGACAAACAUGACGACUUAUGUUGGAGAGAAUGUCACUCUGCCAUGUCAAGUUCCCGACAACUACAAACCCUUCACAGGUUUAGAGUGCAGAAGAUCUCCUCAGAAUCCAAAAUUUGUUUUUGUGUUCCGAAAUAAACGCUUCAAUCAACAUGACCAGGAUCCAUCUUAUAAGAACCGGGUGGAUGUGCAGGACAAAGAGAUGAAGGACGGAAAUGUUUCUCUGAUUCUGAUGAAUGUGACGAUGGAGGACAAUGGAGAAUACGAGUGUCGGGUUUUUCAGGGAACAAAGAAUGAACUCAUCUGCAGCAUCAUCCUAGAAGUUCAUCCACCAGGAGACAAGGUUGAAAUCAUUGGAGAUGGAAGAGACAAGGAUGGAGGAAACAAGGAUGGAGGAGACAUGGUUGGACUCAUUGUAGGACCAAUAGGGAGUGUGAUAGUGUCGUUGUUUCUCUGAUGUCCGUGAUGUGCAGGUGGAGAAGAAACGCCCGUUGACACUGACUUUCUUAAUAAGAACUUUAUUAAAAGAAAGAACAGUAUCAUACAGACAGAAGUUGUCUGGAAGGAUGUCGCCCAAUGAUCCUCCUCGAACAAAGACCAACGGUCAGUUUUUAUACCUUCUGAAAACGUAUAGAAUUACAGCAUCUGGUUUACAUCCCCACUAAAGAAUGAUAACUCCUCAGACAAGACUCCCCUUCUGUGCAUUCCUAAGGAUUACAAAUCAGCAAUAGGUUAACAGUGGACUCCAAGGUCAACAUAACAUAGGAUUUCUGGAGCCGAAAAGACAUUCCUCAAUACUCACUACCUCCUGUUAGUUAAAGGUUCACUUUAUGGUCAACAACUAUCAGAACUCAUAUCAGAUCAGAUACUUCAAUAGUUCUUGCUGUUUUGGCUUUUAUUGGGUUUCGGAUCUAUAGAGGAUGUAUGAGGCAGAAUCCAAACCUCUCAGUUCCUCCUAAUGAAGCAAAACCUACAACAAUGUCGACACUUUCUGAGUCAGCAGAACCAACCACAGCUUCUGCACCUUUGAUGAACCCACCAGCAGAAGAACAAACUGAAAUGUGAACAGAACAGAAUGAACCUGUCACUGUCACUCCUGCAGCCCCAGGAUCUAGUUAGUGGCAGUCCUCUCCCCUCCUCCGGCCUUUCUCCUCUCUCAGAGGCUUGGCAGCAGGUGUGGACAAUCAUCAGCAGCAGAGCAGUGCAUGGGCAGGUGGGAGUGAUCCAAUCAACCACUCCAACUCCUCCAUAAGACCUGACACCACUCACCACUUGUCGCCGGACCGUGAACGUUCUCCAGUCAGUGCUGCUCACCGUUGUGUCUAGCUCUGUUGUCUCUUGCUCUCAGUAGUCCUGUGUUUGCUUCUUCCUAGCCGGACUCCUGCCUGCUCAUGCAACCCCGAAAUCCCUGCUCCAACCUAUCACAAAUCCCUCUGAGAGCACUUACCACCCUGGACUUCUUCUGCCUCUCUGGACUCCUCUCUCGUCAGGUCGGUUCACCGUUUUCCCCGCCCUUCCGAAGCCGCCAUGCCACCUCAGAACCCAGCCCUUGAUCCUCCACCCAGCCUCUCCAGCUCUGGUUGUCAGCCACUCCUCCGCCACCGCCAGCCUCACGCUGUGACCUCCCAGACAGCCUCCACUACCUCUCCCUUGUCUGGCUUACACCCAGCUCCCCCCACCGGAUACUCUCCUACUGGACCCCUUCACUUAACCCGUUUAAUCCCACUGGCAGCAAUUGUUGCCGCUCAUUUUUCUUUUAAUUUUUAUUCUCUAAAAGCGUUGUUUUGGCUUUGGACAGCUAAUGAAAGUUUUAAAAUCAAAGAACAGGUUGUCUCCUCUAAAUUGCAUCAAUGUCAUGUGAUUAGUGUGGAUGGUCACAUGACUAGGCCUCUUUACUUCCUGCCUGCGCCGAUGGAAGGAGAUGUCUGUCUCAAACUUGUACAAGAAGAAUUUAUUUAAAUACCUUAAUUAACCAAUAUAACUUAUAUAUUUUGUACAUUUCUAAAAGGGUCUACUACUGAUAUAUGAUGAGAAUUUUAUGCCUGCAUGCAUCUUUUGAUCAUAUGAAGAGUAAACGUAAGUACGGCAACAUUUGUUGCUGCUAACAUAAUCCAUAGUCAUAGUGUUGUGCUGUGUGUCAAAGGUUUUGGCUGUUUAUCCUCUUCAUCUAAUGUUUUUUUUUUUCUACACGGCUAAAAAUCAUAACAGGUUUUGAAUCUUCUAGACUUAAAAAAGCCCCAAACUGAUAUGUGCUACAUCACAGUCAUUCCUACAGUAUAAAAAGAUGCAGUUAAAGUUGACUGAUAGUGACCCUCAGAUAGAGUAGCAGUACUGAGGUGAAACAGGCCAUUUAUCUGCUACACUCCUGAAUGAUGAAGCAGAGGUGACCAAUCUGGAGGAUGAUGAAGAUGUUCACCUGAUAAGUCCAGACCAAUGCAAUAACUACCCUUUAAAAUACGCAAAGUAGGAACAGGGUUUUUAAAAUACCCCGAUGAGCAGCCACAUCCAAUAAACCAGAUUUUAUGACCUAUGGAGGAACUGCAGCAGACUGCAUGAAACAAACUAAAGCUGACCCUGUUGAUUUGUUCCUGCUGAUGUAUCCUCUAACUCUAAGGGUGCUCACAAGAUGAAGCCAUACACAGAACAGCUAUCACUUGCAUGAAAGCAUUAUGUACACUCAUCUUCUGGCCAUGAUGUUAGUGGUCAGUAAAUAGUCAAUCUAAGCUACUGCCACAAUGUGAAUUUAUUUUAUUUUAUAAACUAUGGUCAGUUCUUAUUUUGUAAUAUCAAACACUCUUACGGUUAAACAAUCUGAGACACCAUGAAGAUCAAAAAAUGUCAUCAUUUUGAACUUUGUCACAUGAACUAUUUCCAUCUUGUUUGGUCUUUUGCAUUCUGCUCUGGUUCUUGUUCACAACAACGUUAACAUCAGUGUUUCAGAGCUGCUGCCUCAGAAAAUAAAUAACUUAAAGCUGA